GCACCGCCCACACCCACACGAGUCACGGCGGGCGGAAGGGGAGCGUCUGCCUGGGACACACCGACACACAGACAUACAGACAGACACACCGAGACAGACACAAACCUCCCCGCUGCUCCCGGGCGCUUCCAGUCGCUGCCGGCAUGGGGAACAUAACUUGUGUUCCCCAGGCACCUGGGGGGUUCAGAGGCUCUUUCCGAAGGAAGCCUUCACUGAAGAAAGAACAAAAUGGCAAGAAAAAACUGCCCAGCUUUUUUGGUAUAGAAGGAGGGCAGGAGAGAGAUACGACCACAGACAAAAUCCUGCAGUAUAUUCCAGGCAAGAAUAUUCAGAACCAGGAAAACCAGAAGGAAAACUUGGACCAGAGGUUCCCCAGCCUGUUCAAGAAGGGACGAAGGAAAACGGUUGUCAGGAAUCUGGGGAAAAUUAUUUAUUACUCCAAGGUCAAGUUUAAGUUUCAGCACUGCCAGGAGGUGAACGAUUGCUUCCUGGAGCUGUUCCAGUCUUACCUGUACUUCCAGUCUGUGGGCUCCAAUGGGCUCACAUACCAGGGACUGCUGCCGUUGAAAGAGCUGAAUGUGUGUGAAAUUGAGCAUGGGAAGAGUGCUGGGCAGGAGGAUCAUGCUUUCCGCAUUGCAGGUCCUCUGCUGAAUCCCCUUAUCGUGUUCUGCCCUACUGAGUCAGAGCUGAAGCAGUGGCUUUAUCACCUGGAGAAACAGAUCCAGCUCAACGGAGGAAGCCUCGGCUUGCCCUUCCUCGCUCAGAAUGACUGGAGUCAGAGCUCCGUGGGGAAGGAGGAGCUGCGGUGGUCCGUGCAGAACAUGCCUGUCCAGGAGUGGAGAGGGACCCAGCGGGAAUCCCUGGGCGAUGUCCUCUGUGUUUCCAAAGUGAAGCUGCAGCACCUGCCUUUCCAGGAGCAGCACGACCGACUCUUGGUGCUUUACCCGUCCACGCUGGUGAUAGUAUCUGAAGAGCGCAACAGCCUCUGUUUUAAGGGCGAGCUGCCACUCAACGCCAUCCAAGUGCUUUUUGAAGAGAAUGAGAAAACCUCCUUUUUAAUAGAAGGCCGAUUGAUCAAUUCGAUCCGGGUGAUCUGCCGCAGCUACGAUGAUUACCAGGAGUGGCUCUACUGUCUCAAAACAGCCCAGUUUCGAAACGCCGACUCCUCCCUCUCCGGAUCAGAGAGCUUCUCGGGAUCAAAGCUCCCACACCCCGCGCAGUUUGGCGGCAGCGGGAGAGGGUCGCUCACUUCUGAUGGCCGCACAAACUCCUGGGCGUCGGGAGGUAGAGUGGCCACCUUGACGCACCUGUCCCAGCACAGCGGCUCUCUCCCGGAUGGACAGUCCUUCGUGCUGAUGCCUGACAGCAGGGUGCUCGAAGAACCCCUCUAUUCCCAGCCUCUCCAUUGCCUGGCACACACCAACUGCCCAAGCACGGGGCUGCCUGGACAGGACCUGCGGAGGGGAGGCAGUUCCAGAAAGUCCAAGGGCAAAUGUGGACCUUGUGGCCAGCAGCUGCCCAGUCAGGACACAGAGAGGACUGUCUGCAGCCUCAUCCCUGAAAACCCCAACGGGGAGCUGCUGUCUGCUGUGUACAACGAGCCGUACUCCCCGCAUGGCUCACAGCAUCACCCUGCAGCUCCUCCAGCACCCCUGGACCUGAGCAAUUUCCUGCAGUGUCACGGGCAGAUGGGUCCAGCACAGGUGAACGGAGCCAACCCGGUCCUCCCGCACCUCUCCCUGCAGCAGUGGAAUUGCCAGCCCCUGCCCGGCGGUCACUGCAGAGAGGUGACCGCGGCUCCCAGCUACGGCAUCCCCGGCACCACCUGCCGCCUCCCGAUGUGGCCUCCUGCUGAUGCUUAUCUUGAAGAGGUCUCUUCUCUGCGAGAGGAACGUCUGGGCCCUUCAUUGCAGCCACCAGAUGGGAAUGUCAGCAAUUAUGACCUGCCGGAGGGCGGCUGCCUGCACCGCGACUCUGCCGCCUACCACGACUACGCUGAGCUCCAGAGCUUCCAGAGCGACUUCAGCUAUGACAACCUUUGGGAAGCUGAGGAGAAGGAGCCGGGCACCCUGCACCCCUCCCCAGCACCCAGCCAGCAGUUUUAUGAGGUCUGAGGGAAAACCUCUAUGGCCAAGCACUGAAAAGCUCUCUGGGCUCUUUUCUUGCUGGGUUUCCCAUCAGGGUGAGGAGCCUGGGGCACACAAAGCAAAGGGAAGGGUCCUGCUCUGUGAAAGGCUGGUUCUCAUGUCCUGGCAGGUCCAGAGUUCAAACUUCUCCCCUAAAUCUGAGGAUGGGCUCCAAGUACAAAACCAACAGUCUCUGCAGAGCCAGGGAGCAGCGUGGAUGCAGCUGCCACAGCUCGGGGAGCCCUGGCUGGGGAACAGCAUUGCCCCCCAGAAAAUAAAAGAACAAAAAGGUAGUCAGGCUCCCACAGAUAAAAGGGACUGGGUGUUCAGGUGGAGCAGCAAAGGCCAAAGAAGAGGGCUGGGUUAGUUUGGUCAUUUUAGCUAGAGCCCUCAGGCUGGUCACUUGGAGGAUCUACUGAUCCUUGAGCAUAGUUGUUAAGCCAAACCUUCCUUCCUUGAGCUUUGAGGUCUGCAAAGGUGUAUGAGACAUGCCCCGUCGUGGUAUACAGGGUUGUUAGCAACAGCCGUGCUCAUAGGACUGUCAUCCUGCAAGACCAGAGAUAUCUGACAGGGAUGGAGACAAUAAUCCAGAUCUGGGCAGAAUGGGACAUUCUUUCCACUUUAUGCAAAAAAUUCUGUCCUGCCCGUGCUGGCUCCAAACCGUGGUGGUGAGCUGCAGUGUUCUGAGCCUGACGCCUGGGCAGGUGGAAUCAAGAAAUGUGCUGCCAGCAAAUCCACCAAGUGCCUUGUGUUUACCAAGGUCUUCCCCACAAAGGAUGCUCUAGGUGCCUCUUAGGGGACCGUGUCCUUUCCUCCACAUCACUGACCUCACACUAAUUGCCGCCUGGGAACAUCUGGGCAGGGAGGGAAGGAAGAAAAUUGACUCCAAGCCAAACUCCAGCACAGCCAUUACCACCCAGUGACCCGAGCAAUGCUGGUGUGGCCGCGAUCUCUCUCUUCCCCGCUCCGGAGCAGCAGCAGGACCAGGACACAAACAACAGGGGCAGAGUCUUGGUGCUAUCGUUUGCCAGCCUCUUAGACCAGAUCCUUUAGCACAUAGAAGGUCAGCAGCAAAUCCAAAUGUUUUUACCUGGGGCUCCAAAUUCUUAACCUUUGUUCCCUAAAGAGGCUGCAAACCAAACAUAUUAGCAAAAUCUCUGUUUUAGUUCCUUCACUGGUGCAAACAAAACAAUCUGGAAGCUCUUUGUACUUGAAUAUCUACGUAUUACAUUGUACUUAUAUAUAUAUAUUUUUUUUCAGAAGGUAUCCAACAAAGUUUACAUGCACAGUUUGAGUGGGUUAUAUAUAUUUAACGUGUAAAUGUGGCUGAGCUGAGAAUCUAUUUAAUUUUCUAGCUGUGGAUGAUGUUCAGUACUGUAGAAUGACAUUCAGUACUGCAGACAGUACUGUACUGUCUGCAUAUUCGUGUGUGUGUGGGUUUGGGUCUUCUCGCUGUUAUUUUGUUUCAGGUUUACUUUCAUUCUGGGAAGAUUUGUAUCUAAUAACUGAACCCCAAAAGGAUCUAUUUAUUCAGAACAAAAUUGCGUUAGGGAACAUCAGAAGCAUAUAGUAUGCUGGGAGGCUUCUGUGAAUACAUUGACUUUGAAUACUGUCACCAUAAUCUUUUUAAUUGGGUUUCAACAGUGAUAUCUGCGAUGUAUCAAAAGGGAAAAACUCAAUUGCUGUAAGAGUUCCUUUGUGGAUUUCUGUGAGACCGGACAAUUGCAAUACAUAUUCUUCAGGAA